GUCCUGGGGCGGGGCCUCUGCGGAUGAAGACAACAAAGGGUCGCGGGUCGCUAGCCAGCGGCAGGCGGCGGUGUUCCAGUCUUCCUCGUUCGGCUCGGCCGAGGCUCGUCGGCCUCCCCGCUAGUCCCGCUCCAGAUGAAGUGUGAGCACUGCACACGGAAGGAAUGUAGUAAAAAAUCAAAAACUGAUGACCAGGAGAAUGUGUCCCUUGGUGCACCAAGUCCAGCCCAGGAGAAUGAAGAGAAGGGAGAAUUCCAUAAGUUGGCAGAUGCUAAGAUAUUUCUGAGUGACUGCCUGGCAUGUGACAGCUGUGUGACUGUGGAGGAAGGUGUCCAACUUUCCCAGCAGAGUGCCAAGCACUUCUUCCAUGUCUUGAACCUUAAUAAGAAAUGUGACACCUCGAAGCACAGAGUGCUGGUUGUGUCUGUGUGUCCUCAGUCUCUGUCUUACUUUGCUGCUAAAUUCAACCUCAGUGUCAAUGAUGCCUCUAGAAGACUCUGUGGCUUCCUCAAAAGUCUUGGGGUGCACUAUGUAUUUGACACCACAAUCGCUGCGGAUUUCAGCAUCCUGGAGACUCAGAAGGAAUUUGUACGAAGGUAUCACCGGCACAGUGAGGAGCAGCGUGAACUGCCCAUGUUGACCUCUGCCUGUCCUGGAUGGGUCAGAUAUGCUGAGCGGGUCCUGGGCCGCCCAGUCAUUCCCCAUCUCUGCACUGCCAAGUCUCCCCAGCAGAUCAUGGGUUCCUUGGUGAAGGAUUACUUUGCUAGACAGCAGAAUCUGUCUCCAGAGAAAAUCUUCCACGUUGUUGUGGCUCCUUGCUAUGAUAAGAAGCUGGAAGCUCUUCGAGAAGGACUUUCCACUACUUUGAAUGGUGCCAGGGGCACCGACUGUGUGCUGACAUCAGGUGAAAUUGCUCAGAUAAUGGAACAGAGUGACCUCUCUGUGAAAGACGUUGCUGUGGAUACUCUGUUUGGAGAUGUGAAGGAGGUGGCAGUACGGCGUCAUGAUGGAGUGAGCUCAGAUGGGCAUCUGGCCCAUGUCUUCAGACAUGCAGCCAAAGAGUUGUUCGGAGAGCACAUAGAGGAGAUCAACUACCGCACAUUAAGAAACAAAGACUUCCAUGAGGUUACCCUUGAGAAGAAUGGGGAGGUCUUACUGCGCUUUGCUGCAGCCUAUGGUUUCCGCAAUAUCCAGAACAUGAUCCUGAAGCUCAAGAAGGGCAAAUUCCCAUAUCACUUCGUGGAGGUACUCGCAUGUCCCAAAGGAUGCUUAAAUGGCAGAGGCCAAGCACAGACAGAGGACGGCCACACAGAUCGCGCACUCCUGCAGCAGAUGGAAGGGAUCUAUUCCAGCAUCCCUGUGCAGCCCCCAGAGAGCAGUGCACGUGUGGAGGAGUUGUAUCAGGAGUGGCUGGAGGGUACUGAGUCCCCCAAAGUCCAGGAGGUGCUGCACACCACAUACCAGAGCUUGGAGCCCUGCACAGACAGCUUGGAUAUCAAGUGGUGACAAAGCCCAGGAGGGCAGGAAGGAGACAGCUCUGAGUGGAAAGUGGUGGUUGUUUCAAGAACUACGGGUCACUCCAGUUUUGGCAGUGCUCUGCAACAUGCAGCUUCACGUGGUGCUAUCUUCGUAGUGUGUGAGGGAGUGGAAUGUUUUCACAUGCAAGGGGCAUUUUUCCUCUAUGAAUGUCCUUUUAGCCCAAGAUGUGAGAAAGAUCCCUAAGAGUGAGGCAGGGACAUACUCUCCUGUCUUUCAGGAUUUUUGUUCUUUGUUUUUUUGUUUUUUUUUUUUUCCUUUAAUUUUAUUUAUUUUUUUAUUUUUAUUUUUUUAUUUUAAUUUUUUUUUUUUUUUUUUGUUUUUGUUUUCUGAGACAAGGUUUCUGUAUGUGACAGUUCUGUAACUCACUCUGUAGAUCAGACUGACCUUGAACUCAGAGAUGUGACUUCUUCUGCCUCCUAGUGCUGGGAUUAAAGGUAGCCACCUCCCCCCGACCAGCUUUUUGUUUUGUUUUGUUUUGUUUUUGUUUUUGUUUUUUAAUCCAAAACGCAUUCAUUUUUGUUCGUUGGGGGGUUUUGUUGUUGUUUUUUUUCAAGACAGGGUUUCUCUGUGGAUCCCUGGCUGUCCUGGACCUUGUUCUGUAGACCAGGCUGGCCUAGAUCUCACAGAUCCACCUGCCUUUGCCUCCUGAGUGCUAGGGCUAAAGGUAUGCUGCACCACCACCACUACACAGCUCAAAAUGUGUCAUUGAAGACUCAGAUUAUUGCUGCAGAAAUGAAGACAUCAGGAAGGGCCAGGCUGCUGUAAGGUAGAUAACUACGGCUUCUACACAGGCCUAGUUUUCCUGCCCAGUUUGACUCUUUUACUUGCACACAUUUUUUAAAAUAAUUUUGAAUUCUAGGGCCAGCAAGAUGGCUCAACCUUAGUUUUGAUCUGUGAAGCCCACUUGGUGGAAGGAGAGACCAACUCCCAUAAAUUAUCCUCUGACUUUCACACAGCCACCAUGGUAUGCAUGUGUGCCGCCAAUGCCACCCCCCAAAACAAAAAAAAAAAAAAAAAUUUUUUUUAAAAGAAAAUUAUAGUACUUUUAAGUUGUAGUAACAGUGAGCCAUGUUCCUCAGAGUCGCCAAAGGUCAGCAGCCACUAACAACUCAACUCUUGGCACGCUGGACCAUUGGUGGAUGAGUCAAUUUUCUACUUAACCUGUGCAUUCAUUCAGCUUUGAGUUGGACUCACCUCAUAGCAGGGUAAAGGCCAAUGACAGUGGCAGAUAUCCACCAAGUGGAACACUUGAGCUUAGCAUAUAUGAGGACCGGAUUUGAUCCAAUGUAUAUCUAAAAAUAAAUAAGUAGAAUAGAUAAUUAAGAGGGUAGUCCACUUAGGCUUUGGGGUUCUGAGGAAGGUCCAGCUAAUCAGUUACCCCCGGGGGCAGGGAGACAGAGCUGAGGCUCCAUGAACACUGGAUGGGUGAAACAGCGGUCUAAUGUCCAGCCUCUCCUAAACCCCUCCCCAGAGCCUUUUGGCAUAAACAGGACUGUCUUUUUAUACAAAUGGGCCUGGCUUGCCCCCUCAGCUCCACAAAACCCACUCUCCUGUGACAUCAUCCCUUUAGCCUUUACUACUGCUGGUAUGAGCACGCCUUAGUAAGGGGAAACAGUGUAUCCACACAGUUGCCCAGCUAUGAAAUCUACACAAUCAUGUGACACAUACUAGAGUUCAUCCAGGAGACAGUGCCUGGAGAAGCCCAGAGGUGGUUUUUUUAAAGCACUUGAAUUUUUACCAUGUGUGUGAUUGCCUUGACUGCCCAGUGUUGUCCGCUUUGGCUUUAUGUUUUGUUACUCCUGUGAAUCUGUCUAGGAAUGUAACUGGGUUCCCAGCCUGUGGGUCUUGACUCUUCCACAGGAGUUGCAUAUCAGAUAUGUACAUUACAAUUCAUAUAUGACAUUUAUGAAGUAGCAAUGGAAAUGAUUUUAUGGUUGGGGGUCAGGACAAUAUGAAGAACUGUAUUAAAGGGUUGCAGCAUUGGGAAAGUUGAGUACCACUGUUGUAAAUUAUGAUUUUUUUUUUCCUUCAGUCUAUAUACUUUGAUAUCUAUCCCCCAAAAUAACCGAUUAUGGAAUAAACAAUGCAACAGGGUCUGAGUGUAGAGUUGAAGGACCAAGAUGCUGUUCUGCCUAUCCUGGA